ACCAGAUCGUUUUUUGAUAUUUCGGUAUGUUGGAUUAAAGUUGUCAUUGUGCUUACAACAAUAGUCUACCAUAAAUAAUCUCAUACAACUCGUAUAUAUAUAGAAUAAAUAAAUAAUACUCCGUAACACUGUGAAUACUUUGUUAAAGUGUCUAUCCACUGCAGAGUGAGGGAAAUCUGGAGAUGUUAAAGUUACAUGACCGGGUGAUUUUAUCACACCGGUGAGGCUAACAUGAGACAACUAUGAUGACUGGUCGAACGCUAUUCGAUUGGCCUUGAGGGCUAGACGGAAGUUUGUUUUUGUUGACGGAAGUAUCAACAAACCGGUGCCCCCUUGCACGGAGGACGACUGGCUAACGAUACAUUCGAUGCUAGUAUCGUGGCUGAUGAAUACAAUUACCCCUGAAGUUAAAGCCACGCUGUCAAGGUAUGACGAUGCUCGUAGACUAUGGAAGGACCUAAAGGAGCGCUUCUCAUCUGUUGAUGGACCCAAGAUACAUCAGGUGAAAAGUGAUCUGGCCAGAUGUGUGCAGACGAGGGGCAUGACGAUUGGAACCUACUACGCCAAAUUGAAAAUGCUUUGGGAUGAUCUCAACAAAUAUGAACCACUGAUUGCUUGCACGUGUAGCAAGUGUACGUGCGACGUUGUUGGGCAGCAUGAAACACGAAGAGAGAAGGAACAUUUCCAUCAAUUUUUCAUGGGGCUGCAACAAGAUUUAUUUGGGAACAUACGUUCUCAAUUACUGGGGCAGACACCUCUUCCCACCCUCAACCGUGCAUACCAGCAGGUGUCUCAGGAAGAGCGUGUCCAUGGAAUUGUACAAACCGAGGAUGAACGACCAGAUGUGGUUGGGUUUGCUGUUCGUACUGAAGGAAAAGGCAUGGGGCGCGGGACAAAGGUGGAUAAAGCCAGGCUGAUUUGUUCCUAUUGCAAAUACUCUGGACACGAGAUAUCGAGUUGCUUUGAACUACACGGAUAUCCCGAUUGGUGGGGUGAUAGGCCUCGGGCAGUGCCUAAAGGUGUUGGACGGGGUAAACCAAAUACAUCUGAAGCAAAUCGUGGCAAACCCUCGGCAAAGGCACAUGCUGCUGCGGUUGAAAAUUCAAAAAUGUCACAACCAAGUACUAGUACUGGGGACGGCAGUUUUGGUCAGUCCACGCCUUUGCCAGGAUUUUCCGUUGAACAAUGGAAAUCUCUGAUUUCAACCUUUGGACCGUCUCUCGAGGAAGCUGAUUGGAACGGGUGAGGGGCGAAAUGGACUGUAUUAUCUGCGGGAGGAUUUGGCUGCUCGAGUUUUGACUAUUAGAGGAGGCUCACAGAAUAAAGUUGUGAAAUUGUGGCACCAGCGACUGGGACAUCCAUGUUCACAAGUGAUGGAAAAAUUAGCUCCUGUGAGUGGAAUAAAAAAUUCUGAAAUUUUACCAUGUGAUGUAUGUUUUAGAGCGAAACAAACUAGGGAUCCUUUUCCGAUUAGCUCUAGUACAACUCAUGGUAUUUUUGAAUUAAUACAUUGUGAUUUAUGGGGACCUUAUCAUACACCUGCCUCAUGUGGUGCUAAACAAUUUUUAACUAUUGUGGAUGAUUAUUCUCGAGCGGUAUGAUUUUAUCUUCUUUUGGAUAAAAGAGAAGUAUUUAAAAUGUUCUUGUCUUUCGUAGCUAUGGUGGAACGCCAGUUUGGUAAGAAACUUGUUAUUGUAAGGAGUGACAAUGGA